AGCCCGUGCGACACCCGCGGCGGGGCGGAGCGGGGCGGAGCCGCGCUGCUUUGCGGCAGCGCCCGGCGGCGGCAGGAAGGGGCUGGAGCGCGGUGCCCGCGUGCGCGGCUCGGAGGCGGCGGCGCCAUGAAGCGGCCGCGGCUGCGGAAGGCGAGCAAGCGGCUGAGCUGCCACAAGCGGUACAAGAUCCAGAAGAAGAUCCGGGAGCACCACCGCAAAGUCAGGAAGGAGGCCAAGAAACGCGGGCGCAAAAAGCCCAAGAAGGACCCCGGCGUGCCCAGCGCGGCGCCCUUCAAGGAGGCGCUCCUGCGGGAAGCAGAGCAGAGGAAGCAGAGGCUUGAAGAACUAAAACAAAAGCAGAAGCUUGACAGACAGAAAGAACAUGAAAAGAAGAGGAAGCUUGAUGCUAAAAAGAAUGCAGCCAAAAUCCAGGAACAGACAGAGGGAACGGAACCUUCUAGCAACUCUGAAGCAAAUACUAAGAAAGGGCCGCAUAAAAAACCAAAGAAAUCAUUUCACAGUGAGCUUGAGAAGGUGAUAGAAGCCUCAGAUGUGGUUCUGGAGGUUUUGGAUGCAAGAGAUCCAAUGGGCUGUCGCUGUCCCCAGCUGGAGCAAGCUAUUACUUGCUCUGGAGGAGAGAAAAAGCUAUUGUUGGUUCUGAACAAAAUUGAUUUAGUGCCUAAGGAGAACUUGGAGAAAUGGUUGAAUUGUUUGAAGAAGGAAUUUCCAACAGUUGCUUUUAAAUCAGCAACCUUGAUGAGAGACAGGACUAUGCAGGAGCAUUUCUCAAGAAAAAGGGCACGUGUUGAUUUAUCAAGGAACACUGAAUGUUUUGGAAGCGAAUGCCUUUUGAAACUUCUUCAAGAGCACUGCAAGACUCAAAACAAAGCGAUUCAGGUUGGGUUAGUAGGUUUCCCUAAUGUGGGGAAGAGCAGCAUAAUCAACAGUCUUAAGAAAGAUCGUGUUUGCAACGUUGGGCCAGCAAGAGGUCUUACCAAGUACAUGCAAGUUGUGCGUAUUGACAAACAGAUGAGGGUGUUGGACAGUCCAAGUAUAGUUGCAGAUCCUGCCAACAGCACCCUGACUCUGGCCCUGAGAAGUAUCAUAGAUGCUGGAGAAUCGGGCUCAAUAGACGUGAUUGAAGCAAUGGAUACAGUUCUAAAUCACUGCAGUAAACAGCAGGUAAUGAUGUUCUAUAGUAUCCCGGAUUUCAGGAAUACUGAAGAGUUUUUAACUUUACUUGCUCAGAAAAGGGGUAUGCUGAAAAAGGGAGGUGUUCCUGACAUAGAGAAUAUAGCCAAAUUACUACUUUGCGACUGGACAGGAGGUAAAAUAAGCUACCAUUCACAACCUCCGGGAUCUCAGAUGCUGCCACCCUACCUUGCAGAAGACAAAAUAGCUGAAAUGCAGAAGGGUUUUAAUUUAAAGAAGCUAGAAGAAGAAAACAAUGCUACUAUUCAAGCAUUAAAAUACCCUAGCCCAUCAAGCAGCAUUGUCUUCCAGUCAGCUGGCAUGACAAAUGGGAAAAUAAAGGAAAAUAAAGUGAUAAGGGAAGCAUCACAGUGGGAGAGUUUGGAAACAAGCAAGGAAGAAGGAGAUUUCAUGGAAACUGAUGAUCAAGAUAGCAUGGAAGAAGAAGAAGAAGAAAAGGAUGUGAAAGAGGAAAGCAAAAUUCGGAUGACCAGGAAAGCAAAGCUUGGAAAACAACAAACAAGACAUGCAACUUCAGAAAACAAGCUAGCAGAAAGUGGAAGUGACAGUUCGCUAUCGUUCAGCUUGGACAAGACAGCAGAUGAAGAUGAUGCCUAUGAUUUUAAUACAGACUAUGUGUAAUGAGAUGUGUGAAGAUAGGGCUUGGAGACUCUUACUGGCCUUCAGACCAGUCAAACACUUCUGUUACAGAAGUUGUAGGAAUGCUUCAUAGCAGAGCUGCAGACAUUCACAAUUACUGUGCCAAAUAAUGUAUAUAAUACUGUGUAUCUCUAGAUAAUUUCAGAUUUUGUAUAGUUCUAGGAAGCUGACCUUUAAGCCCUAUACUUUUAAUUCCUGUUAAAAAGACUAUUUGGAAAAAAAAAUCAGACUGUGUUAGUUCAUUCUUUGUGCCUCGUAAAGAGAUCUUUCAAAAGGAUAAACCCCACAUUGCUUUCUUUGAAAAACUAUGGUCACAUUUUAAGCAAUUAAAUUUCUGGGCAAGCUUUCAUCUUCCUUUCAUAAAACUGUUAAUCAUUUUGCCUAGAGGAUUACAGACUGUACCUCUAGAGCGUGACUUAAGUGAGUUUUCAGUAUUUUUCAAAACUAUACGACUUUGACGGGUAACAUUUGGUUUGCAAAUACUUAUUUCAGCUAGACAUAAGGUAUUUUAUCUAAGCACUUCUCUGUAAGCUCAGUAGCUUCACAGGGAGAGGUAACUGGGAUUAUGGUAACAGUAAUUUGUCUUCACAAGGGGGUAAAAAGCUUGUUUCUAUGGUGCUCUAGAAUAAGACAUACUUCCUGGUGGAAA